CCAGCCUUAUAUAAAAAUAGAAUAAACAUCUAUGGAAUGGAGUUAUAGUUAUGAACGUAGUGAUUAUAUGCUCUUUGGUUAUGAGUUUGUAUUAAUGUAUUUAUGUUUGACCUGAUGGCCGUGUUGCCAAUGCUCCAAAUAAAAAUAAAAAUAUAGUUAUGACAGUCAUGAAUAGGUAGUUUGUAAAUAUUGUAAAUAUCUCAUGUAACUAUUAGAUUCGUGUCUCAUUUUUAUGUGAAUUAGUUAUAAGUAAAGUACUUAUGUUACUUUUGUAUUUCAUGCUUGAGCUGAUGGCCUAGUUGCCAAUGCUCGUAAUAAAUUAAAAAAAAUAAACAGUCAUGACACUGACAGAUGAAGUUCGAUAAAGAAAUACACAAUGUAAUGUACACACCAACAUAGCCUAGUAAAAUAAAAACGUAAUUUACAAACCAGACAGUGGAGUUAUCACAUAUGUGUUGUAAUAUAUGAUUUUUAAAAUGAUCCUGCCACAGUUAAAAUGUUUAGUGUUCGGUAUUUUGCUAACGUGUUGUUUAUGUAUAAGUGAUAUGACUGAGAACUCUUUUGGGAAAUUUAAGGAAGGGAUUAUUGCUGCAUUUGGAGAUUUCAAUUCAGAUGAACUAACAGAUGCCUUUGUUAUUAAAAAUAGUUCUAGUGUGGAAGUUUAUCUAGCGCAUGACAAGGAACCGUUCUUAAGGCCUUCAAUAUUCUCAUGCAAUUUCAGUAAUAUUGUCGUGACAAGUGUAGUGCCUGGAGAUUACGAUGGUGACGCCUACAUGGACAUUCUUUUGACCACACAGACUGUAAAUACUAGCAAAUCUGAAGUGCAUGAAGUGCGGAUUAUAUGGGGUGGUAUGCCAAGUCUUAAUUGUUCGGAUGCUCUUUUAGUAAAAGCCAUAACAUUUGGGCAGCCCCUAGUGAUGGACUAUAAUCGUGAUAUGACACUGGAUCUUUUUGGGCUUAACACUCAAAACCAAAGAGUUUUUUGGGUAUUCGAUAAGACACGGACUACACCGAAAGAGAUACCAAUGGGAGAUACUUUAUUCAAACCUAUAAAGCUUCCUCACUCACAUUCUUUUCUUGAUGUGAAUGACGAUGAUGCUGCCGACCUCCUAGUGACUACUAAGUUGGAUGUUGAGUUAUGGUUGAGUAAAGAAGAUGAUGGAUUUAGGUACAACAAUAGCGUUGAACUGCUUGUUGGACACCCAACAAUUUAUGGUCAGACACUGUUUCUGGAUGUUGCCCUUUCGGGAGAGUUCUUUCUAGUUAUACCUGUAUGCUAUGACACACAGUGUAUCAAUAGUACUAUCCUGAUUUAUGACAAUCGUCAGUGGCAUGAUCUGCAAGUGGACUUCAAUGAUGGCAAAGGGACUGUGUGGCGGUUUGUACCUCCUCGCAAUGAAUUGUAUUUGGAUGUAAUAACAAUUCGAAGUGGAGAUUAUAAUAUGGAUGGGUACCCUGACAUUCUCAUGACUCUCAGUCCAGUGAAUAGUAAUGAAACAAGAGCAUUUCUUCUUCAUAAUGUUGCCUGCACAUAUGCUGAAUGUAAAUUCCACCGAACAUUUCAAGUCCAAUGGGAUAUUUUCAAUACAUUUGGAAGAGACAUUGUUAUGGCUACAUUUUAUGACUUUUAUAUGGACGGUGUCCUAGAUAUAAUUUACUCAAAGAAAAAUGCUACAACUCAAAAGUACACAAUGCAUGCAUACAGAAAUGAAUUAGAAUAUGAUACAAAUUUCAUAAAAGUCAUUGUUGUCACUGGAUUGUCAAAUAAAAAAGUGCCUGUUAUAAAUGGAACUCUGUAUAAUAGAAAAUUAACAUUUGGAACUAACUUGCCAGGCCCCAAGAUUAGCUACAACACAUGGUCACAAGAAGGAACCUACAGGACUGGAGCUUGUGCUCAGUUGUCUCAGUCGGCCUACUAUGCGUUGCAGCUCCCAUAUUCUAUAUUUGGCCUCGACAGAACCCCUAACUUUGUAGAUACUUUAAAUGUUGGUCUGUCAGGAUUUUCUAAAAGCUGGACUCAGAUAAUACCUAAUUCUCAAAUAGUGGUGAUUCCUGCUCCUCCAAAUGAUCCUUCACAAUGGAGAGCUCAGUUGUUUGUGACACCAAGUAAGCUAAUUUUAAAGAGUGUGUGUGUACUGACUGCCAUAAUUGUAACUAUAAUAGGUUGUGUAUUAUACUUACAUUGGAAAGAAAGAAAUGAUCGUGAUGAUAUCAUAGAAAUCGAUGAUAACACCUAUGUAAAGAUUUAGGACAAGGAAUAUUCAUAGAUAUUAAAUAUAUCUAUGUAUUUAUAAUUACAUUAUCUUCUAUGUAAAUACUUAUAUAUAGGUACAGAAUAGCUAAGCUACUAAGUAUUAAGCGUUUACGUAUUAUGGGAAAUGUAAAUUAGAUAAUUCAAUAAUUAUAUAGAUUUUUUCCUUAAUAUUCAUAUAAGUACAGUUAGAAAAUUAAAAUAUGUAUUAUGAUUUGUACCUUAUUUCUUGGCUAUUAAGUUCUAAAGUGUAUAGAUAUUUAUUAUAUGUUCUGUAUAUUCUAAGUAAUUCGAGUGUUUCAUGUAUCCUAGAUUGUGUUGUUAACAAUAGAAGAGUGUUCAUGACUUCAAGAUGAUGGUGUACUUCAACAUCAUAAAAUACUGUGAUAAUUAUAUUAAAUUAAUAAAAGAACUGCAUUCAUGUUAAAUAAAAAUAUAAGUUCAUGUUU